AUGCCAGCGACAUGGCAGGAUCUUCAGAAGUUGCAGGUGUUGCAACAGUCUGCAGUGGAGGCAGACGUCACCCUAGCGGCUAAUGCCGCUCUUCGAUCAGCUCACUGGGCUUCCGCUGUCUUCUUGUUGGAUAGCUUUGCCACGCUGGCACUUGAGGUCACACAGGUAGUAUCUGGCUGUGCAUUGACAGCAGUGGCCAGGAGCCUCCCACAUUGGGCAACUUGCUUGACCCUCUUGCAGAUUUCCCUGACUCGAGCACUGGCCAGCCUCAUUUCGCACAAUAUUGUCAUUGCAAUGUGCGGCAAGACGCUUUGCUGGAACAGGUCACUGUCCCUCACAGCCUCACUAACGCGGAGCCGGUUGCGGCCAACGGCCUCAACGAUAGGAGGUUUGUUGACGGCAUUCGAGAGGGGAGGUUAUUGGGUUGCAGCUUUGUCAAAACUGAGUUUGACUCGCGAGCAGCCUGCUUGGCUGUAUGGAGCGAAGGGUGGAGAGGUGUCAGUCACCUGGAAUGCAGGAGUGGCUGCAUGUGCUUCUUCUGCUGCGUGGGAAUGGGCUGCAAAGCUGGUGCGAGGCGAGCCGUGGAGAGGUGUGUCAACGAAGGCUGUGGGCACAGCAGGCUACAAUGCAGCCAUGGCUGCGUGUGGAAACUGGGUGGUUGCUAUGGAGCUUCUUCGGCAACUCUUGCGCAGUGGCUCCCAGGCAGACACUGCGAGUGUAUGCACGACAAUAGGUGCAAAUCUUGAGGAAUUGCUUGUCGACUUCUUCUUUUUGUGA